GUCUCGUUAUCGUCCAACCAGGAAUCGAAAUCGACCAGCAUACGGUACUCGAAACUAUCCGUGGAAGCGCAUCGGACGGCGCGAGUAACAUAAUUGGAACUGGACGGUUCAGAUGGAGUUGUGGCUUUGUUUCCUUUAGAUAGCCAUUAUCAGCUUUAGUAUGCAGCAUGUGCUGUCUCGAUAUCAUGCAUGGAGAAAAACGUCCUAACCCUAACCGUCGAGUUAAACGACACCUUCCGUCGGUGCUGCGGCCGCGAUCCCCUCUCCCCCUUCCUUGCAAGCGACGACAGCAGCGUGGGAGGCGAGCAGGAGAGCGUGGGAGCCGAGCAGAGCAUAGACGACGACAAACUCCUGGGGGGAAGAGACGCGAGUGGGAGCGCAGCCGCGGCUACAGGGAACGAGGAUGAAUAGGAGGGAGCACGAUUAGCCAGGGGGAGCGGCAUCGUGCUCCUUGCAUCGCUCUCGGAGAAACUCGCAGGAGCGGCAUGAUCAUGGUCCUCCUGGU